AUUGAAACAUGUAUAGUCAAUUCAACGUUUGGAGAUGGAAUCAGCGCUAGCACUAACUGUCUGGGCGUUAAGUCCAACGAAUAGCAUAUAUAUACGAGUCAACUACACAACCCCAGUCAUUGACGAACUGAAAUUUCUCUCGGAAGUUUUAAAAUCUUUACGUUUCGGACUACAAACUGAGGUACUUAUAUUCUCUCAACAAAUGGAUUUCCGUACGAAUGUUUGCCUGUUGCUGAUUAUUUUCGUGGCAUUUUCUGCGGUUAAUGGCCGUAAAUCAACGUCAGGUGAUUCUGCAGAAGAAAUUCCCUGUGGGCUUAACGGUAAUUGCGUACCUUCACGUAUGAGGUGUCCUCCUGGGUCAUUUGACUGUAACGGUUUUUGUCCAAUGCCAUAUCAUUGCUGUUGCCCAAGACCCUUCCCACCUGGAAAAUAAAACUGGAGUGGUCUACAACUAAGCAGUUAUAAAAUGUAUAACCUGUC